AUGACCACCAUUUUUUGCAAUCUCGCUGCUAAGGAGAAGGAAAAGGGGAAUAGGCCUACCAAAUUUUUGAACCCUACUGGAUACAAGAAUGUAGAAGUUGGCUUCUUUCAGCAGACCGGAAAACUUUACAGUAGGCUGCAGUUCAAAAAUAAAUGGGGCAGUUUGAGGACCUUGUAUAGGGAUUGGCUGAUCCUAAAGAAUACAUCUACUGGACUUGGUUGGAAUGAUGAAACGAACACCGUGAUUGCUGAUGACGAAUGGUGGAAGAAGGCCGGUGAAGAAAACAAGGACAUCUUGCAGUUUCGUAAAUGUGGUCCUGAAAAUCUGAACCAAAUGAGCAUCAUGUAUGAGAAGAUCAAUGUUACAGGAGAAACUUCUAUGAUGCCAGGUGGUGAGCAUGAAGUGCUUGAUCUUGAAGAAGAUGAAACCGAGGAGGAAGAAGUGCAGACUACCCAAGCCAAGAAGGCAAAGAAAGGGCCAUUGAAGAUAGAUGGAAGUUCUAGUAAAAAGAAUCCUGUUCAAAGGGACUUCAAGCGCAUGGUUGACCACUUGAUUAGUGAAGAUGUCGCGAUGAACUCACAUAAGAAUAGUGUUGCUGCUGAAAUUGAAAAGAUAAUGGAAGAAGUUGUGGCAUGUGGAGCCAAUGAAGCAAGUGAUGAGUACUUCAUAGCAAUCAAGUUGUUUGUGAAGUUUGAAAAUCGUUGUUUCUUUAACAAUAUGAAGACUAGCGACGGGAAGAAGAAUUGGCUUAGGAGGAUGUAUGAAGAGCGAAAUAGGCAUUAG